CUCCUGAUUUUGGAUGCAGAUCUUCAUGCAGCCCCCACUUUUCACUACUGCUUACGGACUUGUGCUAAGCCAAGGGAGGAGCUCUGGAGUUGGUAGCCACCUUUGCUCGCCGGCCGGUGUUUGAUGUGUAGUCGCUCUGACGUGGUUCAUUUCGGACCGUAAACUCAUAAACGCUGACAGAUACGCUUGGUUCAAUUGGUGUAGCUCUCUGUUUUUUCGUGGACUGGUAUGCUUAUGUGUUUUCCGGCUGUGUUUCUUGGUCUCUUCCUCUUAUCGCCAACUACCGGAAAGCCUGGUUGUUGCCGGGGACUAGGUGGGGUGGUUGGGCAAAGGGGUUCAUGUUCUGUGGUUUAUUUGUCACCAGAACUUCGCCGGUUGGCUGCUGUUGUAAACCGCCUCCCGCUGGAUUGUGGUUUGAUGGAUAAGGGUGGAUGGCUGGGUUCGCCGGUUAGCCACCAUCUGAAAUCGCCGGCUGCCGGAAAGUGGUGUGGGCGGGUAGAGAUGGACGGACUUGGUUCAACUUUUCCGAAGGUUCAGUGUCACCUCCGUUGCUCACUUUCUCUGGCUGAGGCUGCACGGUGGACGAGGAGCUCCAUUGUUAUGUGGCUGCCGCAAGGGAGGGUAGUGUAGAUAUUAGAUUUAUUUUUAUUUAUUAUUGUUUAAUUUAAUGGCUGUGAUUAGUAAUUUAAGGGCUGCAAAUAGAAUUACCCUUUUAUUAAAGGGAAGAGUUGACUUUGCAGUCCAUAUUUUGAGUGAUGUUGGACUUUACAACCCAUUUUAAAAAUCAUUAAUGCGUGGUGGUGUGAUUAGUCCAAAAAUUGUGAAGAGGUGUGAUGAAAACCCA